CUCGGCGAGUGGCUAUGAUGACAUGCAUUUGAUGAUAUGUCACUGUAGUAUAAAUGAAACUGAAGUAUUGAUGGAGAGACGGACAAACAUAAUAAUCUCAUACUUGAACGAAAAUGGCCAAUGGAAAAUUGGAUGUUUCAGAUAAUGCAGCAAAAAAUGGUACCGGUAUUAUUGUUAGAGAUGAAGUGAAAAUAGAGACGGUCAUCAUCAUUCUUUGGGUAGCGGGAGGGGUCCUGUUAAUGACCCUCCUAAUUCUGCUGGUCUGCAUCCUCAGAAACAACAAGAAAACUGGAGCACAAUGUGCAAAUGGGUCACAUGUUUUGCGGAUUGAUCCCAGACGCGCCAAUCCUCGAGAUGGCCGGUUAAAUCAGGGAUAUUCCAAUUACGAUGAAAUCUGGACAUGGAUCCCUAUCAUACGCGGGAACGAGGGCGAAUGUCCUCGAUCUUCCGUGUACGCCACUCCCACCAGCAAUGACCUACAGCCUCCAUCCUACAACGAAGUCGUGGGGUCACCUGAAACUCAUCCAGCGGCAGCUAAUUCGCAGACGACAGUGAGGACACCAGAGAUGACGACAAUACAGCCAGGAAAUCCGGUUAGUAAUUUAUUUUCUGCAACAAGUAGGUCCUCAGAACAAAUGCCUGCUACUGCUUCGACAGAAGUUGUAGCUGGUCGGACUAGUGAACAAAAUCCACAGAUCCCCAGCGUUCCUGUUAGAACACUGGAAACGCAUAAUGCAGAUUCUGUACCAAGUGGCUCGCCAAGUGUAGCUUCUACGAACAUUGUUGAGAAUGCAAGUCAAUCCAAUCAAAGAUUACAGUCUGAAAGUAAUCGUUCAGACAAUAACAUUGACAGAAAUUGUGUAUCACGACAGAAUAUCAGGACCAGAAAUUGUGAUUACCCAUAUUUGGCACGUGCAAGGGAUCGGGCUGGAAACACGGCCAAUAGUAUUUCUUCUGCGACAGAAAAUCAAGAUCAGUAUCAAGAUGUAAUUUAUCAUCCUGAGCAAGGACUUUAUUCUUUUGUGAGGAACGAAGGGGGUAGACGGGCGUGGUGUGACAUCCCACCCAGUCUCUUAAACGAGGACGGACCCCCGCCUUACACACCCGCACCCGAUUACCCAGGGAGGCAUCAUAAUACCCGCAGAACUUCGUAUAGACAAGCAGUUAACGACAUGCCACCAAGGUAUUCGAGACGAAGUCAAAGGCUUACUGAUGUGACACGAGAAGUCCCACCCGAUUAUCCAGUGUCUAAUAGAGAAACAAUAAAUAGUCGAAUCGAACACGUACAUGGAAAUGUUUCCGCCCCUAUAGUGAGGUAUCCUUGCACGUGCUUGCCGUAUUCGUUUGCUUGUCGUUUGCCACUUCCCUUGUGUCAACUUUUCUUCUUAAACAAUUCUUAA